AAUGGAUUAAGAUUGUGUAAAAAAUGAUUAUAUAUAUUUUUUCUUUUGGUGACCGGAAUGCCAAAUUGAUAAUCACUUUUUUCGAUGCAUAAUCAAUUAUGUCAUAUUUUUCUCUCGUUUAUAUCAAAUGUAUUUUAAAAAAGGGUAAAUUAAUAAUAAUAAUUUGUGUCAUUCACACUCUGCAUGGGGUAAAAGGAGAAAAGUGGAGAGAAAUAAUGAAGAGUUGGGGAGCAGCAGCACACAAAUACUUAUGCACAAAAAAGAGCAUAAAUAACAAAGAAACCGAUAUGGAUCUAGGGCUUCAUUUGGCUUCCAAAAUUAAUCUCGCUUAAAUCUCUCUUAUUUUAGUUGAUUUGUUGUUCAUGUUGGUUUGGUCGCCUCCUGCUCAUGCUACACUAUUCUUCUAGUUGGUUAUUUUUUUGAUACCCAAUAAGCAAAGUGUGUGUUUGAGACUUUUGAGUUGAGGAAGGAAAGAAAGAUGGACGCAGAAGAAGCACAAAAACAAUUAACACAUUAUAAUUUCAAGGAAGCAGAAUUGUCAGAUAAGAAUAAGUUGGUGGUGAAGAAGACAGAAAUGUGCAGGAGAUUCAGGAGGGGCGUGUCCGUUCACGGACGCACCUCUCAUUUCCUUCAUUCAUCCACACUACUCCCAAACCCAUACAGACUGAAAGAAGACAAGCAAGCUUGGUCACAAGUAGGGAAACUUCGCUACUCUUCUCCAGAAUCCAAGAGAAUGCGAACUUCUGCAGCUGCUCCAAGUGAUGGCUGCUGUUAUGCAGAACAAUGGAUAAUGCAAACUUCUGCUGCUACAAAUGCCUCAACUAGCACUGUGGCAACUAAGAAUGAACCAUCAUGUCCUGUUAAGCUCAUAUUCAAAAACAAUGAUCUACAAAGGAUCAGUGGCAUCUAUGCUGAGCAAACUGGCUGGACUAGUGAAUAACUAUACCAAAACUAAGCAGUUUCUCUUAAAAUGUAAAAUUGUCGAGAGUUUUACUUCACUAUCAAUUUGACGGAGUUUGUUUUGAGGAAUAUGGUUCAGUCUAUUUUUUACUAUUUUUCUUUUUUGACAGGUUAUAUACGUCAGUAUUUUAUUCAGAUAUUAGAUA